AGCGGUUGUCCAAAUACAGUAUGGCCACGGCGGCGAGAGAAACGUCGUCUGAACCACCAUGGUAGGCUGUCUCCAGAGAAGGUUACGUUCACACCUCCCGCACACUCAUACAAGGAAACUUCAUAAAUCACGUUACAUCCCAACGCAUCAUUUUCUGAAGGCUUCUUACGGACAGGAUGGAGAGUAUCUGGAUAAGGAUUUCCCCGUCUAUAAUCCCGCUAAUGGAGAAGAACUGUGCCGAGUAGCUGCUAUAUCCUCUGUUGGCGUUAAAGAAAUGAUAUCGCGAGCGCAAGCCACUUUCGAAUCCGGAGUCUGGUCGAAGGCACCUUCACUUACUCGUUCAAAAGUGUUAUCAAAGUUGGCCCGGGCCUUGGAAGCUCGGAUACCAGACUUGGCCCGAAUGGAAACACUACAAACUGGUCGUACAAUACGCGAAAUGAACGCCCAACUUGUUCGUUUGCCAGAAUGGUUGUGAGUGUCGACAUUCUGAUGCAUAGCCGAGUAGAUCAUGAUGCAUGGCCCGUAAACCCGUUAAUAGAGACUAUUUUGCAG